GAACAUUCCCGAACAAGAACAACCCAAAUCCCAAAUCUCUCUCCUCCUCCGUUAGAAAAGAAGUUGGUCUUUAAUCAUAUUCAUAAUCUCUCCAUCCCAUCCCAUCCCAUCAACAAUACAGCCAGGCAGGCUAGUGUGGGUUUUUCUAUUUGUUAAUUGUUUGCUCUGAUUCUUCCCCCCCCCCCCCCCCCCCCCCCCCCCCCCCAAAAAAAUGGCUGGAAUCAAGGACGCCUUUGCAGACUUACUCUGUAAUGAAGAAGACACCAAAGCCGGCCUCAGCAGCUUCGAUGACGACGACGAUUUUAUUAUUUCGAGUGACCAUCGGAAAAUCAACAUUGAGGAAUCUGAACCGUUGCUUGAUCCCCUGAGCGACGAAUCCGUGGGUUGGAUGGUUGAGAGGGAGAGGCAUCACUUGCCCCGACACGAUUAUGUUGCUCGAUUAAGGAAUGGCGAUUUGAAUUUGAGGUUCAGAUCAGAGGCACUCGAUUGGAUCGUUAAGGCUUGCUGUCACCACAACUUGGGGGGAUUAUGUCUCUACACGGCCAUGAAUUUCUUGGACAGAUUCCUCUCCCUGCACGACCUCCCUGGCGGAAGAGAAUGGGCGAUCCAGUUGUUAGCCGUUUCGUGCUUAUCAUUAUCUGCCAAGAUCAAUGAGGUUAAUGUACCUUGUGCCGCGGACUUGCAGGUAGGGGAACCCAAAUUCUUAUUCCAAGGCAGAUCCAUACAACGGAUGGAGAUUUUGGUGUUGAAUUGCUUGAAUUGGAAUAUGAAUUCGUGCACACCGUUUAGCUUCAUUGACUACUUCCUCAGGAAGGUAAAUACAGAUGUAGACGCCCACGCCCAUGCCCCGAUAGGAUCGCUGAUUGAAAGAUCACUCAAGAUCAUCUUGGGCACUGUUAAAGGGAUUGAGUUCUUGGAAUUCAGGCCGUCUGAGAUAGCUGCCGCUGUAGCUGUGUUUGUAUCAGAUGAAAAGCAAGGAGCAAUUGACAUGGAUGAUGAUGAUGACGACGAUGGUGAUAAGGCCUUGUUUGGUUGCAUUGGAGUUGAGAAGGGCCGCAUCGUAGAGUGCUUGGGAAUGGUUGGGGAUUUGGUUUCAAGAAUGAAUGCAGCAGCAACUUCUUGUGCUUCUACAUUGUUGAAGGAUGAAAUGGAAAUGGUUGGUUGUCGAAACAGCACAUCUGCAUCUGCGUCUAUGGAUAGUUCAAAUGAGGAUGGUUCUGGUUCUACUUCCACUUGUGUUGCAACGGAUGAUGGCGAGGGUGUCGUUAUUAUUCCGGCUAGUCCAAAUGGGGUGUUGGAUGCUGCUGCAUUGGUGAGGAAGAGGAGGAGGAUGAAGAGGACUACUACUACUACUACUGUUACUACAGAAGAAGAAGAAGAAGAAUCUAAGAGAAGGAAAUUGGAUCAUCAUCAUCAUCAUAUUACACCUCCUCUGCCUUAAUGAAUUAUAAUUAUUAUUAUCAAGCUAGCUAGUAGGUAUCACUCCAGUAUUAUUUAAAUGUGUAUGUGUGUGUGAGAGAGAGAGGGGGGGGGGGGGGGGAUUCUUUAGUUUUGUUUGUAAAGAGAGUUGGAAGAACAUUGCAGCAAACACUUACGAAUGAA